AUUUGUUUUGUCUGAUUUGUUUGGUGUUUGUUGUGUAAUUUACACCUUCAAAACAAUUUUCAAUAAUUUAAAUAAAGUCCCUAACUUCAUUUAAGCUACUCUGACUGAAUUUAUUGGUACACAUAUUCAUUGAAAUAAAACUUUAGUUUUAUGGGGAUAUUAUAACCUAAAAACCUAUAUAGAAGUUAGAUCCGCAUAAAAUGGCUACAAAAAGAACUCAACUAGAACAUUACAGAAGAUCUUUGUUAAAUAGAGUGACAGCAAAUGCAUCAUUCGUCGAAUAUAUCGAGAACUGUCUAUCAAGAGAAGAUGAAGCUGCAAAGUAUUCCUUUCAUAAAGUUAUGGUACACAAUUGGAGUGGCACAGAAGCACAGCUAUUUGACACGCUCAGCGAGUAUUGUAACACCGCUAUAAUACCAGUCAUGUUCUCAUCACAGAGUGAAAUCACCUCCUUUUAUACAAGCAGUCUUGGUCUUAUACUGAGGCUGAUUAAAGUUGAUUUUAUGUUUCCGUUCCAACGGAACAUGUUUAACGUAGAUAUAUUGUUUAACGAUAAAAACUCUGUAGACUGCUUUCAGAACACUGUGACUAUAGAGGAUAUUGUCUGUGGUGUGGUCAGUCGUAGAUUUAGUGAAAAAUGCGAGUUAGAUCUUUCUAACUUCUGUAAUGACCCUGAAUUUGUGGAAAAGAAAAUAAGUUUCUACAAAAUAACACUGCUGUCACAUUUCAAAAUAUUAAUGUUAAGAAUGGGAAGGGACACAAAGUCACUGAUUUUGAGUGAGAAUAAUUUAAGUCAAGUACCAUUGGAUAUUUUAAACUUCUUCAUCAAAGGUGACCUCACUUCCAUCAAUUUAAGUAAUAAUAAUAUACCGUCACUGCAAGAGUUGUUCAGGAUAAGUAGCAAAAUCGAAAAGUUAUGGCUGGAAGGGAAUCCGCUCUGUGAAGACAUAGAUUCAAUUGAAUAUAUCAAAAAUAUUGCAAUAAAAUUCCCAAGAUUGUCAGAAUUAGAUGGCAUUAAAGUGAAUCAACACGGAUGGAGUUUUCCUUUCUUCAGGAACUACUUGUCUACACCAGACAAGAAAACCAAAAUGGUGGUGGAAAAGUUUCUGGCCCUUUACUUCACUUAUUACGAUGACAAAUCCAACAGGAAAAUUGAUUCCUUCUAUGAUAUUGCAGCUGCUCUGACUAUGAUGUCAAAUUUCACAGAGGACGAAGAGCAAGAAAUCCCGCAAUAUGGUCAAUGCACGCGCAAUAUACUAAACCCGCAGAAGCGACGGUUUACAUUAUACAACCAAAAGAUAUACCGCGGUCGGCAAGCGGUCGUGAACCAGCUCGCCAACCUGCCGCCGUGUCAGCAUGACCCUACUAGCUUCACUAUUGACGUCACUUUACAUAAUAACAAAUCACUAUUCCUUAUAGUCGAUGGAGUAUACAGGGAAGAAAACCACAAGUCAAUCAAACAGCCAGACUACCGUUACUACCAGUUCCGGAGGUCCUUCGUGUUCAAAGUUGAAGUUGUGAAGUCGAAGUAUUCGUAUUUUAUUACGAACGAAAUAUUCAGCGUGACGUGGGCAAGCAAAGAUGUAAUUAAGGCUUGCUUUCAGAAUCCUAUCAGGAAUUUGAACGACUUAUGCCUGAUAUACCCAGACCCCGACGAAUCGGAGGCUGUUAUCAAAGCGUUCAUGCACAUCACGCAUCUGAAGAAGUCUGAGGCGGAAGCACGGCUGAGAAUUGAAAGUUGGGAUAUCAGGAAUGCCCUAAAAGUAUUUAUGUCGCAUUACCAAACCAAUAAAAUAUCAUUUGACAAGUUUAUAGAGGACGAUGAUUUUUCAGACACAUCAUCACUGAUUGACGAUGAUAUUGAUCAUAUUGACUGAAUAAAUUUUAUUUCAUAAAACUUUA